AUGGAGAGAACAGGUGGAGGUGUGGAGAACUCUGGAGCUGACAUCGGCCUGGUCGUCUGGUCUCUACUGACCUUCUGUCUUCUGUCUGGUCCUGCCACAGGUGACCAACAUGCCCACUGCUCUGAGUUCCUCUGUCUCAGCCCUCCGACUCUUCUGGUGAGGCUCCUCAGAUUCUCCUCUGAGCAGGGUCCCUGUGGUUACCCCUUAGACCUCCCUCCUUCAGGCCUGCCAUCUGGCCAGGGCCUCCCUCCACUUCCACCAGGCCUCCCAGGACUGGCCCCUGGUCCUGUGACCUGGAGCCCCCUCAGCCCCACAGUAGUGAUUGUCCCGGGUAGGAGGCCAGCCAGGCUGCAGCCCAGCUGGGCGAGGGUGAUGGCUGGGGAGCUGUUAGAGGCGGGGCUGGUUAAUGUCCUGGUAGCUGAUUGGCUGCUGCCCCCAGAGCAGGAGAUCACCGAAGGAGCCAGGCAGGUGGGAGAGAGGCUGGCACAGACCAUACAGACACUACUGGAGGUUCAGGGCUCUUCUCCAGAGCUGCUCCACCUGGUAGGGUUUGGUGUUGGGGCCCAUGUAGCUGGUGCGACUGGGGCCUGUUUGAAGGGAACUAUUGGCAGGAUCACAGGCCUGGAUCCGUUCUCACCCCUGUUUUCCGAGGCAGACAGCAGCCUGUCUCUGGAUCACACUGACGCUCAGUACGUGGAUGUGAUUCACACCAACUUCAACCCUCCCCUGGGGGUUCCCAGACCGUUGGGUCACGUUGAUUUCUACAUCGGCAGAGGAUAUCAACUCCCUGGUUGUCCUCAGUCUCUCAUGAAAAGAGAACAGUACUUGCUGUGCAGUCACCAACGGGCCUAUAGGUUGUUCACCAGCUCCAUCCAGUCCUCCACCAGCUCCAUCCAGUCCUCCUGCCCUCUCACAGCCUUCCCCUGCCAGGGAGUAGAGGACUUCCAGAGAGCUCUCUGUACACACUGUCACCACCCUGGCCUCAACAUCUGCCCCCAGUUGGGCUACGACAUUAGCUGGCUGCCUCCAGAUCGACCAAUCACCUUCCAGCCCCUGACCGCGGUCCUGGACAUCACAGCAACAGACCCGUUCUGUGUGACGCCGUUCCUGUUGGAGGUGCACCUGGAGGGAAACACCUCGUUAGAAGCCCAGCUAUUCAUUCAGCUGAAGGGAGACGUCAGGAAAACACCUGUCAUCUUGGUGUCCGGUCCUUCCCUGCUGCAGUUUGAGCCUCAUCAGAUACACCAGUUCAUGGUUUCCGUAGACCCCGCUGUUGGGGAGAUCAGAACCGUGGUACUUCACUUCUACUCUCAACGUCUCCUGUACUUGUCCUGGAGGAAGACAAGGAUUCGCAUCAGUCAUCUAGUACUGACACAACUACCCAGACACCAGGGGCUAGUAUCUUACAGGACCCGGAGUGUUACGGCAGUAGAGAACCAGAGAGUGGAAGUGUAUCUGCAGGAGGAUGAGUGAAGACGGAUGGGAGGCUUUUCAGGGGAGGUCAAAUGCUGUGCUGGGUAAUCAGAAUAUAACCAUUAAA